AUGGCCAGAGUUACUGCUCGCACCAUGUCGUUAUUACAUGUGUUUGCAGCCGUCUUGAACGCCACUCCAAACAUCCCAGAACCUCCAAAGCCAGAAACGAUCGAUGUCAUCGAACUUCCAUUACCUCCAGUAUCUGCAAGCAGAGACGUCGGUGCAUGUACAGCGGCGCUUAACCCACAUCUGACGGGUUGCAUUGCACGAGAGCUUACGGAUAAGUUCCAAGCUGGGGAUUUUACACCGGAUGGCCAAAAUGUGAUUGUCACAGUGACCUUCGUUGGAGCGCCUGCGGCUCCAAGUUCGGCAAGCAUUUACGAGGGGGUUCAACUGAUUCUCAUCAGAACGGACGGUACAAACUUCAGCAAUGGCGACCCGUGGAAAUGUCUGACGUGUGGUGUACCGACCAAGAAUGCGAAAGAACUGGAUCCGCAGAGGGAUUAUCCACAUGUGUUCAGAAGCGGCGACAAAGCAAUCUGGGGCCAUAAUAUCCUCGAUUGCAAUGGCAAGCAGUUGGCCAGCGAUGCCUGCACGCCCGAUGACAUCCACAUAUAUCCAAUUUACUGGUCGGACGGAGCUCCUCGGGAGCUCCGCAUACACCCCGAUGAUGUUCACAUUGGUUGGAGUUCGUUCACGAACGGUGCUGGACAGUUCUCCUACUUUGGCCGUCUGGAAUUCAACGCGCAUCCUCCAGGAACAGGUCCUGCUGUGCCUCGGUACGAUCUGGUCGAUGUUGACCUGCUCGUCGAUCCAAAGCGCGGGGCUUUCAUAACAGCCGAUGGUAGUGAAUUGAAGCUCCAUCCCGAAUCAAUCAUCAUUGGUGAGCUGAGAGGCUUCAGCGGAUCUGGAGAUGAGAUACUGUACCUCGGUGCACCCACCGAAUCAACGAAUAUUGAUCUAUAUGCAGUUCAUAUCGAGACUGGUAUAGUUCGUCGCCUAACCAGUCACCCCGACUACGCUGAUCCAAUUGCCUUUUCUGCUGACGACCAAUGGUUUGUCACUCAAGAUACACGAGCGAGCGAGCGUCAGAUGUGGAUGUCCGGCAUGCGAGGUAUCCCGCCUCUCAUCGACAUUGUCGCGGUGGCAGUCGCAGCGUCUACACGAAACAAUGGGAAGCGUCGUUUCUUUCAACCCAUCUUGAUAGACCGCCAUGGAGAUCGUGGGUCGUAUUACGGGCAGCAGGUCAACGGAAAUGGCGAAAAAAGCGAUGGGGGCAUCAAUGACCCAAGUUGGAAUGGGCGAGCGGAUCCGGCCUUUUCUUUGGAUAGUACAUGCAUUGUGUAUUGGCAAGCGAUCGUUACCUCUCCAGCUUGUGGUGGCAUCAACCCACUGCCUUGCCCCGCCUCCACUGCGCAGGGUCGGCGUGAGUACCGUGUCAUGCUCGCGCGUCUGAGCGAUCGCCAGCCCUCACUGCCGGCCCCAGUUUAUAAGGUGUCCAGUCGCAUACCGUGGGCAACACCAUUCCCACCGGGUACUGACGUCCCUUCGCUGCCCACACUAAAGCCAGGUAACUAUACCCUCCGUGGUAAGGUAUCUGGAUUUGCGGAGGUCAGCCUUAUUGGAGACGCGGUUCAUCCCGAACCAAGCUCUAUUAAGCGCGUCGUGGCCAAUUAUACAGAUUUUUCUGAUGACGGCGACCACACCAUCAACGGCUUGGAGGACGUCGAGCUGACUGUCCUGUUUCCGAAUGUCUGGAACCAGAGACUCGAUUGGUAUUCCGACAUUGUGCAGACGGGAUCGUCGACUGGAAGCAAGAAAACUGGUGCGCGCGGGCUCCAGUUGAGGAUUGAUGUGAUGAAGAACAUACUUGAAGCGAACGGGACGCUGACGACAACUAUCGACGGCGUAGCUUAUCAUCAACCUGCCAACGGCACCUAA